AUGUCUGCCACCUCGUCGUACCGUUCGGAGAUUAACAUUCCCGUAACAAAGGAUCCUCGCACCUUUGAGCAGAGUCGCAAGGAUCUGGUGACUAAGUUGGAAAAGAGCUACAAGUCUUCCUCUACCACAGACACGGGCGGGGACACCAUUUCAAGCGUCUCCUCGCAAAGUGUCAAGUCGGAGACUCGAAGCAGUGGAGGUGGACCCCUCACAGGCGGGUCCUCCUGGGAGUUCCAACGAAGCAGAUGGAUCGAUGAAGCUAAGCGCCAGUUCGAUGAUGAUGUUCGACGUAUGAGAAGUAAUAUGUUCGCUUUGGAGCCAGUAGACGAGUUUGAUCUGGAGAAUUGGGACAACUUUGGUGGCCUCACCAGCGGUCCAGGAGGAGCAGACCAUGGAUUUGAGGCGAUGGAGCGUCGAAUGCAGGCAAUGCGUCAGCAAAUGGACAGCCAAAUGCGAAUGUUAGGUUCGGGUCCAGGCGCAGGACAUCCCGCUGGACAUCACCAAAUGACUUCACACUACUCCACCUCCUCUACACGCACUGUCAACGACGGCGGAGUGGUUACAUCGAACACUUCCACCACUCAGGAGUCGCGUCAGACGGUAGACGGUGUGACUACAGGAACUAAGAGUCACUCCUCUUCCUCUACUACAAACAAACUCGGCACUGGCGCGGAUCAUCAAAUGCUCACAUCAACUACUCCAGUGGGUGCCGUCAUUCCAGCUUCGCCCAACAGCGCCGGCGUUAUGGACUUCCUCUCCAACGCCUACGAAGUUGGUGAUGAUGGUUUGGUUCACUUCAAGAUACGCUUUGAUGCGAAGGACUUUGCUCCGGAGGACAUUGACGUCACCACAGUAGGCAAGCGGUUGACCGUACACGCCAGUAAGUCAGUCAAGACGGCCACCUCUACCAGCUCCCGCGAGUUUAGCCGCUCCGUCGAUUUGCCGCGCUCUAUCGAUCACGAAAAAUUCCAGUGUUCCCUCACUGAGGAUGGCGUGCUUGUUUUGGAUGCGCCUGUCAAGGCUCCAGACUAUGCCUCAAUUACUUUUGACUCAGGCCACAACCUUGGUAUCCGUCCGAAGGAUUCGUCUGCUUUGAAAACUGCCGAAACACAAGUUACAAGCUCAAGCCUCAGCAUCACAGGACAGUCAGGCCCAGUUAUUCUAAAUGACGGUACUGGCGGCCGAAAAAUUCACUUGGAGGUGCCAGUUGAAGCUGGCUACUCUGCAGAUGAUCUCUGUGUUCGCAUGGAUGCUAAUAAGAUCUGUGUCUCAGGAAAGAAGGAGCGAAGUACCGACAGAUCAACUUCGGGGUCCUGUUCCAAGAGUUCCGAGUUUUCGGAAUUCACACGCACAUUCGAAGUGCCAGAAACCAUUGAUCCAUUCACCGUUUCUGCUGUUCUCAAGGAUAACACUCUUAUUAUUGAGGCGCCUCUUCUGUGCACCGUCUAG